CGCACUUGUGCGCGGCUCAGGGACGCAGCGGUCGCCGCGUCGGAGGUGUCGUGGGGCGGUUCCUAUCGAAUCACUGGACGCAGAACGUUCUCGUCUACCAAGGCGACGGCCUCGAGCUGAUUGGGCCGCAGUUUUUCUAGGGAAUCUGUUAUUUGUGACCACAAUGAAAAGUUAUGAGAAUGAUCUGAUAACUGACAAGCUUCCCAAGCUCAAGAGCUCAAGAGAAUGGUUGGAGCCACAGCCACUUUCUUUUAUGGAGGUAUUAGCUAAGGAAGAUGUUGAUGCAGCUAUUCAAUCAAUAUUAUAUAGAGAAAAUUAUAUAAUUAAGGAAUUAGAUAAGUAUUUAAAACAUCAUGACUUCUUAAAUGCAAGAAGAAAAGAGAUAUUGUAUAAAAGAUGGGUUGACCAUGUGGCAGAUCCUCUCCAGAAGAAAAUUAUAGAAAAAGUUACUUCAUAUAAGAAGAUUAAAAAAAGAAGACAAGAUGAAUUAGAUGGUUUUUUAAAAUAUGUAAAUAAAAAGGGAAAUGCAUUUAUAGAGCAUUAUGAUCCAAAAGAGUAUGAUCCUUUUUACAUGAACAAAGAGGACCCGAAUUUUCUGAAGAGAUUGGAUGCGUAUUUUCAGCAUCUGGAUGCUUUUAAGGAAAGAAGAAAAGAGCUGUUGCAUAAAAAAUGGACUGAAAAUGUCGCAAAGCCUCUUCAGCAGAGAAUUAUGGAAAAAGUAAUUUCAUAUAAAGCGUUGGAGAAAACAAAGCAAGAGAAUUUUGAAUAUUUUUUAAAGCACACAAAUAAAAUGGAAAUUAUAUUUGGAGACUUUUAUGAUCCUGAAGUAUACAACCCUUUUUAUAUGACAAAAAAGGACCCAAAUUAUGGAAAGGUUGUGGUCCCACCAUUCUGUGAUCCUCUGUUUAGAAGACAGCAAAAGACAGAUGAAGAGCAGAGAGCUAUUUUUCAGUACACAACAGGAAAACGAUGUACCUUAAAAGAAUUUAAAGAGCUAGAGAAGGCCAGGCAGUAUGCCAGCCUGCCCCAAUUCACGUUCAGUCUCCACAGCAUGGUUUCAAAGGAGAGGCCCAAAGAGUCUGCGAAGCCUGUGGGAAGCAAAACUCAUAGCAAAUGCAGUCCUGAAAAGCUUGUCUGUGCAGAAGAGAAAUUUCCACCUUAUAAAGUGAAAAUGACUAGUGACGUAAAUCCAACUGUUUUUGAAAGGCGGUUUUAUUCCUCGAAGAUCAGCCAGGAGAGUAAAAGGCAUGAGAAGGGCCUGGCUUUAGGAACUGGACAGCACAGACCCCGCUCCUGGGCGGCAGGAGAAGGCCAGCAGAGGUGCAGGUCACAGCCUGUGGACAGAAGAGUGAUGACCGCAGAGGUCCUGGGGCAGCACCUGGCUGCCCUGCAGCUGGGAGACAGGCCCUGACACUUGGCCCUUUGCGUCAGCCUCAGUUUCUCAGAGAGACCCGAUGCUGAAUGUGGACGGAGGCGGGACUGCCCAUUGUGUUUGCUGGGGAAGAAGCUGGAAUCCACAGCUGGGAUCUACUGAGGCUGUCAGAGGGCGGUGAAGGCCCAGCCACUCUUGGCUUCCUCCCUGGGAAUGACAUGGAGGCGUGAGCUAUCUGGAGGUGGGUGAAGAGUCCCCUGAGGAUGGGAAGGGCCCAGGCCAGGAAGAAAGUAGGCCCUGAAGGGAGAGGAAACACCUCAUUAUGUACCUGAUGCUACUGC